AUGUCUGACCUCGGCCGCAAGUCUGUUGGUGACCAGCUCCAGGAGAAGGUCACUCCCGACUCCCAGAAGUCGACUCUCGACCAGGCUAAGGAGGGUGUCUCUGGUGUCGCCGACCGCGCCGCCGGUGCCGUCCAGCCCAACGACCAGAAGUCCACCACCCAGCAGCUGUCCGACAGCACCCGUUCCGGCUCCGACAACGCCUCCCAGCAGAGCAAGGGCAUCGUUCAGUCCGCCUCCGAGACCCUCGGCAACGCCGCUCAGGCUGUCUCCGACACCCUCCAGGGCAAGAAAUAG